UUGCGCCUCUGAAAUUUCCACUUGUCAUCGUUGACGACUCACUUGAGGCGCUGCUGAUUAGGCGCGACUGCCGCAGUUAGCUUCGAUGCGUGUUGCGGAUAUGUCUGGAACGGGCAAGAGAUUCAUUGGCUUCACAUUACUGGCCCUCGGCUGUAUUUACAGUGCCAGCGCGUCGGCCAACCUGACCGAGUUCCUGGCCCAUCGGCAGCGACGCGGACUUAUCUUCCAGAACAGCGGCUCCAUCAAGUUCAGCAUAGGAGCCUCGAUGCCUAUUCCUUUGGGUGAUCCCGUGAAAUUCCGCUCUGCGGUCCUUUCGUUCACCCUGCAGGGCGGCACCUACAGCAUGCCCACGAGUCCCAUUUGGCCCUGGGACAAGUGGGAGACCACCUUUGCCCGAUCUCUGCAGCAAAUGAGGCGCAACAUCGAGAGGCACACGGCCAGCGGAGCUGUGCGAUACGCGGACGACGCACGACAGCUGGUGUACACGGCCCUCGAGGAGUACAUGGGCAGGCGGAACAGCGAUGUGGUUGUGGGCAGACAAUGCCUGUUGCGCUCCAUAUGCGAGAAUGCCCAGGUGCAUCAUCACGUUGGCAUCUUCUCCGAAAUACUGAACAUUGUGCUGAGUCCGGGCAAAGCCGAUAUAGAUAGCUGCUAUCACGAUGCCUUUGCGGCUGGACAGGCGGGUGCUAAUUGCCUGGCCGUUUUUGAGGCCUGUCCACGUGGCCUCAACUUUCUGGACGAGAUGUUGGUUGCGGAGCGCAGUUGAGUUUUGAUUAAUUGGAUUUUCGCUACGGAUCGAUUGAUGCAUUGGAUUGGACAACAAUAAAGUUUUGACACAAAUCAAAAUGCAUGUCUAAUGCUUCUUGUUGCAACUGUUGCAUAAUUUGCGACUCUCCGUCAAAGGCGCACGCAGUGAGCAUGUGGUAUGUGGCAUGCGGCAUGCGGAAUGCGGCAGGAAACGGCAAUAGGGGCGGCUGCACAAGCAAACAUAUAGCACACACGGGCUAACCAAACAUUACAGUUUACACGAAGGUUCCUCCAAUGAAAUUAGUGGUAUU